UCCUUUCUCUCGCCUCCCGUCUUCACUGUGUCCACCUGCGACUCACAAGGACCUCUCACAACAUUUGGGAAACUUUUGUUUUCCAAAGAGCAAUCAGGGACACAGAUCCAAACACGAUUUCAAGACUUUUAUUCGCUCUCUUACUUGUGCCGAGCACUAAAAUGCAUUUAUUGACUUCAGCCAAGGAGUCCAGGAUGAUGCCGUUCCCUGUAUUUUCAACGUUUUUGCUGCUGGCAUCUUUGUGGCUGAAAGGUCUCUGGGCUGGUGACGCCACGGGCUGCCCGUCCUGUGGUUUGCCGUCGAUGGAGAAGGACGCAGAGGAAAGGCUGAUGAUAGAAAUUGCAAAGCAGCAAAUCUUGGACAAGCUGCACCUGAAAGAGAGACCAAACAUCACUCAGACCGUGCCUCGGGUAGCGCUCCUCACGGCGCUGCGCAAACUGCACUCAGGACGCGUCAGACAGGAUGGCACUCUGGAGCUGGACAACAACAUACCUGCCAAAGAUCAGGGGUAUGAAAUAGUGAGCUUUGCAGACAUAGAUGAAAGAGAAAACGGUGAUGGACCCAGUCUCAGCCUCACCUUCCAGUUCCUGCAGGAGCAUGGACAGAGUAUCCAGGUACUCCAGUCCUCCCUGUGGAUCUACGCCCGCUCCUCUGGGGACCCACACCGGGAUUCCCGCCUCCCCGCCCGGGUCUUCCUCUCUGCAGACGAUGGGGUGUCAGGCUCUGGCCGUACCCUGGUCAUAGAAAAGAUGCUGGAGGUGCAGGAGAGUAACUGGCACACCUUCCCCAUCACUCGCACCCUGCAGGCAUUCCUGGAUGGGGGCAAACGGCGUCUGCGGCUGGAGGUUAGCUGCGAUGAGGAUGGGAAGAAUCUCUGUUCCCUGGAUGGCCCCUCCGACACCCCCAACCAGCCCUUCAUGGUGGCCCAGGUGCGUCUCCGUGACGACCACUCCAAACAUAUGCUGAGGAAGCGCUCGCUGCGCUGCGGCGAUGAUGUAACCGUGUGCUGUAAGAGGGACUUCUACAUCAAGUUCAAGGAUAUCCAGUGGCAGGACUGGAUCAUCGCUCCCGAGGGCUACCACAUGAACUAUUGCAUGGGUCAGUGCCCCCAGCACCUGUCUGGCUCCCCGGGCAUAGCCUCCUCAUUCCACGCAAGUGUCUUCAGCCUGCUGAAAGUCAAUGGCAUUAACACGGCCGUUUCGUCGUGCUGCGUGCCCACUGAGCGCCGGCCCCUCUCCAUGGUGUACUUCAACUCCCAGCACAGCAUCGUCAAAACAGACGUCCCCGACAUGAUAGUAGAGUCCUGCGGAUGUACAUAAAGGAGAGACAGGGUGAGAGCAGAGUAGUUAAGUUAAUGUCUGUUUGCAUUUAUUUUAUGCCGAGAACUAAAAAGAAGCAUUAGCACAGUACAGAACAAACAGACGUGUACAAAUGAUGUGGGAUUUCCAGUAUUUCUGUGUCUAACUUGGGACAACCCACACUUGUUUUACUCGUUAACACAACAAUGCUAACACAUACUGACACAACAUCUAAUGAUUCUGGCUUGAAAAUGAGAAAUGUGCACCAUUUGAAACAAAAACAUGGUACGUGAUAUUCUCUCUUACAAACGAUUAAUUAUGAGAAAUUAUACUUUUCAAAACAGCUCUACAUUCUUGCAUGACAAAAUGACACCACCUUCACAGACUGGAUCAUCCACUGAUUAUAGAAAUUGAAUGAUGACUUUUGCAAAAUGACACAAAUAGAUGGAUAGUAUCUGAGGAAUGAACUCAAACAUAUAUUUUUGCUAACAUAUAUUGCAUUGUGAAGUGUUUUGUCCCAAAUUAGUCAUGUAACUGAUGCAUCAAAUUAGACACAUUCUUUUAGCAAUGAAUACACACACACACACACACACACACACACACACACACACACUCAGCGUAUAUGGAGCAACUAUAGUGUCACAAACUGUGUUUCAAAGUACAGUUAUAUCAACCUGUUAACAGGGUAUGGACGUUUUAUAUGAGAGCUAUUACCAGGGCCUGAUGACAUGAUGUCCUGUCUGGAGAGAUUUUAUUAGGAAUCAACGACAGUUCUUUUGUUAGGAAAACAUAGUAGUUUUGCAUUUAUAUUAUCUUGACUUUUAUUAUCAGUUUUAAAGACUGAAACACAAUUUCAGUGCCUAGAACCAGCUGAGUUUUGUAGUCAGAAACAAAGUUUGUCAAUAUUAUAUUGCAAUUUAUUUUCUAUUUUGAAGUAAGUAGUAGAUGUAAUUAAAGUGUAUACUAUAUAGUAUGACAAAAAUGCAUUAACAAAGAGGAAAGAGAUUAAUACAAAGCCUUCAAUCCAAUGUUAACUUAAGAGCAUUUCAUUUUCUUUUUCAUAUAUUUUGUCUUUCAUGAUUGCUGCUAGGACUGUGUUCGGUGAUGCAGUAAAGAUUUUAAGAGAUCUCAGGAAUUUGGGAGUAGAAGUGAGAACACUUGAAACAAAGCACCAUAGCUUUGUUUCUUUCUGCAUUUUGUCGCCGUUGCUGUGUUCACAUAUAAAAUCAGCAAACAUUUGUCAUUUUACAGGGAUUUCUGUGGCUUCUCUGCCCCAUUUCUUAGCUUUAAAUAAAGCCCACGGAUCCAUAAGAAGAUAUUUUUAAAUUUUAAUUGUGCCUUCCAAAAUGGUUUGUGACGUACAAGUGCAACUUGGAAUCAUUUGGAAUCAUGUCACAUUGGCUAAAAGGAAGACAAACGUCCAAAGGGAAUCUAGUCUAUAUUCAUAUUCACAGUAUUCUUCACUGUGUUUGAGUGUAUUAAUUUCAUUUUAAUCAUCAGUGACUAAGGAAGUCUUUUGUUCAAACUUGCAACAUACUCUUUAUGUCAGCUUUUACUUAUGUUAUUAUCAUAAGUUGAAUACUUCUGUGUUUCAUUCAACAAGUAUUGUCAUUACAUUGUGAAGUUUUAAGCAGUUCUUAUGAUUAAUGCAACACAAGACAACAGUGACAACUUUCACCGUCUGAGCAGGCAGAGUCAGCCCUGACAGCUGCCCAUACAUUAGCCGAUGAUGCAUACAGGUUGAAAUGUGUUUAAUCAGCAUCUUCACUGUAUUAUUUACUCAGGUAAUCAGUUGGGCAAGAGGUGUUCUGACGGAAUGAACUGAAGGUUAUUCCUCAGCUGCAUAAGCAAACAUUUAGCUAUUGCUUCAGUGUCAGGUAAUGUGAAGGUCUGUGAGGCAGGUGGGUCAACGGGCAUGUGCUGCGGGCACGUUGGCAUCCAUAUCUCUCAAAGUCUAAAGUUUUUUUGGAUGAUGUAAAAUCAUAAGCUUUCCAGGCAAUCAUUAUUUGAUGUUUUUGCAGAUUUUUAAAAACAUUUUGUCUUUCAGCUCGUCUUUUCAACCUAGUUUACACUAAGCUUAGCAGCGCAGAAGUCUAAGAUCUUGCCUGCUUUCUGGAUGGUGUUUUGUUUCCUUACUAUAGUGAUAAAUGUAUGGCUUAAAGCCCUUAUUUACUGUAUUGUACGGCCAUGAUACACAGGCAACAUUUUCAGGCAAUGAAGAUGGAGGAAAUGUGAGAACAAGUAUCACCAACAUUUCUAAUCACGUUUUUCUUAAUUACCUUUAUAUGUGUUCAGAUUUAUUUUUAUCCUCUCCAUUUCCCAUCCACAAUUAAUAUCGCCGCAAAAAGCUGCCUGUGUAUCAUCACCUUAUUGUUCAAACCUGCAGACAACAAAUUACUGCUACAGUUUAUUGUUUAUUUGUUUUAUUUUGCAAGCACUUCCUGUCGCAGGACUCUAUGUGACAUUGAGGCACCAUCCUGACACAGCUUACUAAGCACUUUAUUACCCUACUGUAUUUUUGGAGCAAAUUCUGCUUGAUGCAUCUACUACUUAUAGUUGUGAUGGUUGGCACGACAAAAAAAUGCAAAGGCAAAAAGAAAAUGUCAAUUAGGUUGUUUUCUUAAGCUCUAGUUGUGUUUAAAUAUGUGAUAUUGUAUAUACUUGCAGAGCAUAGGAGUGAUGCAGGGAUUUCUGUAUACUGUAACUGGUGAAAAUGGAGCCAGCAUUUGAAUUCUGUAGCAAUUUGUUGUAAUUCUGAUCUUUAUUUUUAUAUAUAUAUGAUACUAUAUUUUAUGCAUAAAUAAAUACUUUGUAAUACCAAAUAUAUGUGAGAAGUUUGUCAUAAUGUGCUGAAAUUAUGUGAUUACAAUGAAACUAUUUUUAAUAAAUAAAUAAUUUGAAUUCAGA